AUGGAAGGCCUGAAUAUGGUUCGUCUUUCCUGGAUGGUCUUAAUUCUGCAAGGCAUUCCACUUGUUGUGCUGAGGUUUCCUGCUAAAUGUAAGCUCUUCAAGUGCAGAAGAAGAAAUAGAAAACGAAUGGUAAUUGUAUCGACGAAUGCAGGAUUUUAUCUCUCCAAGGGACCGAACUACAAAUUCAAUCAGUUACCGAUAAUUGUAGGGAGCCUAGGAGGACUCGACUUUGAUGGGGAUUUCGAUAUGAUAUUUUGGACAGAACAGAACUCUAGAACGAUAAAACGAGCAAAACUUGAUGACACAUUAUCGACUCGCGUUAUUUCUACUGGGAGUGACCCAGGAGCAAUCGCAAUUGACGAGAAUGAAAAUCUGAUAUUUUGGACCCACUACGACUCGAAUCGCUAUAAAAGGACAAUUGAAAGAGUCACAUAUGAUGGCCGCGAAAGAACUAUAAUCAUUGAAGGAGAUCGAUACACGUACGUUCACUCCAUUGUGUUGGACAAAAUCACAAGGACACUUUACUGGUCACAAGGAAGGGCUGUUCGAAGUUGUUCAUAUGAUGGAUUGAAUAAGAGAACACUGUUUACUUUAUCUUCAAAUAUUGGAGACUUGGCCCUCAACGUGGACGGAGGUAUAUUGUUCUUCUGUGAAGGCUCUUUUGUGAAGUCGUAUGAUUUGAUCUCUGGUGGAUCGGAAGUAAUGAGUUACGAGCGACUGUCUUCUACUUGCAGGAGUUUGGCAUGGUUUGAAGGUGAUUUAUAUAUGGCCUCUGGUAGGAGCACUUUCAGCAUCAAGGAUGGUGACACCGAUGACGUGUCACAGGUUGCUGUUAGUCCGUCACGUCCUUCCACGUCGAAAAUCGUCGUCGGUAGGAGAUCAGCCCAAGAUCUUGGAGGCGGAAAGUGCGACUUCGAUAGCAUCAAAUGUCAAUGGAGAUUCGAAAACUCUGAGUCGAACGACUUGGACUGGAUAAAAUGGGGCCCCGAACAGGCCACUUGGAACAGAACAGGAUCAAAUAUGACGGACCACACUAAACAGGGCCAAAUUCAUGCAGUUGGUCAAUACAUGCUUCUGAACACGUCGAGCGGUCCUGGUCAUUUACCUGGCGAUGUUGCGUCUCUCAUAAGUCAACCUGUCGACGCCUCUGGCCCAACACCCAAAUGCUUCCAAUUCUGGUACUACAUGCAUGACGUCAUCAACGGUUCCCUUACGGUCUUCUUCGAACAGGUUCUAAACGAGACCACUGGCGAGACCAAGCGGACUCCCCUUUGGUCUGCGUUUGGCAGCCAGCUAGAGGAGUGGGUCGGUGCAGAGUUCGAAGUUUGGACAAGGGGAGUCGGGCGCGUUCUUAUCAGUGCGGUUGUGGGUGAUCCUGCGUUGAACAUCAUUGGCAUCGAUGACGUCUACCUUGGAGAAUGCCAUCAGGAUUCCAGGCUGGUGUGUGAAGACUCGUCAAUGACUGUUUACCUGGAUAAGGCGAGGCUUGGAAUCUCCAGCCACGAUAAGGUCUCAUUCAAGAACUCUCUCUGUCAAGGGGAUGAGUAUGAUGCAUACACGGUUGCCAUAACAACGCCAUAUAAUGGAUGUGGUACAACAGUCACCGAGAGUGAUGACGUCAUUAUUUUCUCCAACGAAGUAAAGGUGAUGAUCCAGUCGGACCUCCGCAGCUCCCGGUCUAUCCGGAUAAACUGUUCGUUGAGUCGGACCUAUCACGUGAAAAUGACGUACUUAGCACAUGCGUGGAUCAGGCAUGUCAAGGAGGACGGCUACGGCAAAUUCUCUGUUCGCAUUCGUCAAUAUACGAAUGUGAAUUUCGAAGAUGCAUACCCAGGCAAUUCCUUCCCUCAACAGGUUGAGGUCGAUAAUAUGAUUUACAUGGCAACAGAAAUGGUUGCCAUUGUAGAUGUUGUGGAUACCAUACAAAAUACCCGUUGCUGGGCAACGCCUUCACCCGAUCCUUUGGACGCUAUCAACCGUGAUAUCAUAAGCGACGGAUGUCCCAUUGGAGAUGACAUCGAAGUCUACUCUGUUUUAAAACGCGGUCUUCAGGCUUUCUCAUUCAAAGCGUUUGCUCUUUCUUCGGACAAAAAUUUGAUCUAUGUUCAUUGUGACAUCAUCAUCUGUCACGAUUCCAACCAAUUAGCGUGCAGCUCAAAUUGUAGUCAUUCUCGCCCAGUACGAGAAACUCGCGAUACGCGAAAUUCUGGGUUUGGCCCAUACACAGUUUCUCGGGGACCUUUCAUUUUCAACACGGCUCGGACUCAUCCGAAUGAUGGCGCCCCUGUGAACAUCUUUCUACUUUCAGCACUCGUCUGCAUCACUGUUCUCUUCCUGGCAACUGUUUUCAUGGUGGCCUUCAUCUACGCGCGAAUGAGAAGGGGGGGGGGGCGUAAUUGAUUGAUCCCAUGAUCAUAUCAUAUCACGUGAUAAUUGAAUGUAUUUCUGCCUCCGAAUCACGUGACACGAAUUGAGAUUAAUAUUAGAUUUAGAUGGCUACUAAAUCAGUGUUAAUAAUGUAUCAUAGCUUUAGGAGAACACCUGCAUAAUGUUGUGGUUUAACUAUGGAGUGCCAAUUUGGGCACAAAUUCCUAACAGUACACAUCCAAUUUAUUAGCUCAUAUGACACCCAAAUUGUUCAUAAUUGUUCGUGAAUGAUAAAGUA